AUGCAACAAUUUUUUGGUGACGGGAGGCCAAUCACCUUCCAUUCGGAUCGCCAUGACGGACUCUUGCGUGGUGUUCCUCUCGUCUAUCCAGACUCAUUCCAUAGCUUCUGUUACUAUCAUUUGAAGACUAAUCUUCCUAUCAAUGGAUCAGAUCCUAGGUACACUCUUGUUCUUGACCUCUUCCAAGAAGCGACGUACGCACUCACACCUGAAAACCAUUACAAGGCCAUACAGAAAAUAAGAUAUCUGGAUUGUGAUUGGGUUGCUAAUUACAUUGCAACCAUCCCACCUGAAGCAUAUGCAAAUGCGUUUUUCCAAGGUUGUCGGUAUGGACGUACAUAUAUCCAAAUAGCAGAAUCAUACAAUAGUUGGAUUAAGGUUCACAAGAAGAUGCCUGCAUUUUCUCUUCUUGAUCAGAUUCAUAAGUUUUCUUUUUCUUUUUAUUUUCAAGUUAGGAUGAAAGUUAUGAGAAUAAUGGCAAAGUGUCGUGCUAUUGGUGAUGCUGUGAUGACUCCAUCAACUCCGGAGUAUGAUAAAAGGCUUGAGUCUCUACAAGAUGAAGGUUUGGCAUGGUGGCGUGUGUACGGUUUUCCUUGUUCUCAUGCUCUUGCAGCGAUACGAAAGAUUAAACGUGAAGCUAUUGAUUUCAUUUCACCGUUUUUUACAAGCGAUUAUUAUAGGAAGACUUAUUUGCAUGUCAUCCAUCCAAUUCCCAACUACAACAGGCAUGUUGAUAUUGACAAAGACAACACCAUCAACCCUUCAUCUGUCAUAAAGAGACAACCAGGUAGACCCCAAGGAAAAAGGAUUAUAAGCAAAGGUGAAAAGAAAGCAAAGAGGAAAGUUCACUGCGGCAAUUGCAAGGAAGCAGGUCAUAACAGGGCAAGUUGUAAGAACCCUCUGAAGUACACACCACCCUAG